AGGUGUAGAGAUGAAGAAGGUGUUUGCAAUAGUAGUGUUGGUGGCACUGGUUUUUGUAGCAGUGGAGUUGAGUCCCAAGGUAGAGGGUGUGACAUGUAGUCCUGUGGAGUUGAGUCCAUGUCUUGGAGCAAUAACAUCAUCAUCUCCACCAUCAAGUACAUGUUGCCAAAAGGUGAGGGAGCAAAGGCCAUGCCUCUGUGGUUACCUCAAAAAUCCAAGUCUAAGGCAGUAUGUGAACUCUCCUGGUGCCAGAAGGGUCGCUAGCUCUUGUGGGGUUCCCUUCCCAACUUGUUAGUAACUUCAUCUGUUACAUAUUUUCUAUGUAUUGUAAUGUCUAAAUUAUAUAAGAACGAUAUCAUGAGUAUCCCAGUAAGAAAAUAAUGCUUUUC